AUGGUCGGGUCACUCCUGAGCUACCUUGGCUUUGGCGGCUCAGCCGCCGCCCAGGCUCCACCAGAGAACCAGCCCGUACGGGCCCUCCCCGCCAACUGGUAUACCUCUGAAGAGAUGUACCAACUCGAGCGACGCGCUAUCUUCACCCGAAGAUGGCUCAUUCUUACCCACAAGUCGCGACUCGCCAACCCGGGCGACUUCCUUCGCUACAACGUCGCCAACUACGACAUCGUCGUUUCCAAGGACCGGUCCGGCGAGAUCAACGCAUUUCAUAACGUAUGCCGACACCGCGCGUAUCCCGUAGUCGAGAAGGAUGGUGGCAAUGCCAAGAUCUUCUCCUGCAAGUACCACGGCUGGUCGUAUGGCCUCAACGGCAAGCUCGCGAAGGCGCCGGGCUACCAAGAGCUCCAGAACUUCGAGAAGGCCAAGAACGGUCUCUUCCCCAUUCACACACGCAUCGACCGCAACGGCUUUGUCUGGAUCAACAUGGAUGCGAAGAAGGAGCCCGAGGUAUCAUGGGAGUCACAGUUCGACCACGUCGACGAACAGGCGCGCUUCGGUCAGUUCAACUUUGACGACUACGAGUUUGACCACACCUGGAACCUCGACGGUCCAUUCAACUGGAAGAUUCUCGCCGACAACUUCAACGAGUGCUACCACUGCAAGAGCACGCACCCCGAUCUCACAACAGGUUUGAUCGACCUCGAGAGCUACGACGUCUACUGCUCGGCCGACCACAUCCAGCACGACCCCAAGACCCCUCAAGACCGCAAGGACCUCGGCCAAGAGAUCUGCUCCACGUACUGCUUCCCCAACGCCUCCUUCACCGUCACAAAACACUUCCUCUUCAUGCAGAAGUUCAUGCCCAAGUCACCUACCGAGUCAGUCAUGUACUACGAGGUCUGGCGCAACAAGCACUCGAACGAUGAGGACUUCAACCUCAUUAGCGACACCUACAAGCGCGUCAUGGGCGAGGACAAGGUUCUAUGUGAGCGUGCGCAGAAGAACAUCGAGGCUGGCAUCUUUGUCAACGGUGAGCUGCACCCACACAUGGAGAAGGGCCCACUCUUCUUCCAGAAGCGAUGUCGCGAGAUCGUCAUGGAGCACGGCGCGAAGGAGAAGAAGGCCGGUCAGAAGAUCUGGCCUGCUAAGCAGCAACUCGAGCCCACUGGUGCCUCGGCCAUCAGCAAAGAGAUGGAGGACUUCUGCGAGGGUCUUGCUUGUGGCAAUGACAACGAGAAGAGCGACCUUGCUUGGUAA